GUUAUUUGGCGUCACCAGAGGGUGUGAUAGCGUUGGCGUUUCUAAAGGAUUCAUAUAUCAGACCAAAAAUAGAUUUUCCAAACUAUGAGCUCUACUUUUUUCUGGGUAGUGCAGCAGAUUUAAAAAGAAAUUUUAAUAUACAAGAAUAUGCAUUAGACCAAAUAUUCGCUCCGUACGAAAACAAGACAUUUCUUACUUGCUUCGCUUCUGUUAUUCAGCCAAAAAGUAGAGGAUAUGUAAAGUUAUUGUCUUCCAAUCCUGAAGAUCCUCCUCUUAUUGAUCCUAAUUACUUCGCAAAUCCACAGGACUUAAAAGAUAUGGUUGAAGGAAUGAAGACUUGUCACAGAAUUGCGAUGACAAAGCCGUUGCAAAAUGUUGGUGCAAGACCAUUUCAAACUGUGUAUCCUGGCUGUGAGAAAUAUUUAGGCAAUACAGAUGGCUAUUUUGCAUGCCAAGCUGGAUCUAUUGUCACCACUAUGAGUCACGCAGUUGGUACAGCGAAAAUGGGUGCAAUAAAUGAUCCAUCUACCGUGGUUGAUCCAGAAUUAAAGUAAACGUUUAUCUUUAUGCUUAUUUAAUCUUGUUUUAUUCUCUGUAAAAUAUCCAUGAUUGUGAACUGUGGAAUACCAUGACUUGCGGGUACAUGGUUUUGAAGGAUUAUUCCUCAUGGAUAUAUUAUACCAAAAUGAUUGGUGAUUCGAAAAAUCAAUAAAAGAAAAAGGGAAGCAGAUAGGAAAUAUACGGUUUGCUACAUUCUGCUUAAAGGAAUCAGAUAAUUCAUUAUCAGGACUUUAAAUAAGUUAAAAACUUUGUCAAUAGAUGGCGAUACUGAGUAGGAAAAACUACGGAACCUUUUUUUUCCCACUACAUGUGAAGACAUUCAACUGAAACCUUUAUACGGACGCAUUUGUUUUUAUUUAAAAAGUCUAAUUUUUUAUUCCUAGUUUUGUUUUUAACCUUAUUUUUACAAGAUUUCAAUUAAAAGUCUAAUGAAAUGAUUAUGGAUCACCCAGCUGAUAAAAAGAAACAUAUUUGUUGCUUACCUUAUUUGUGAUGCCAG